AGUGAGUCUUGUGCGUAUGCGCAGUACCCGGAUGAAGCUGGUCGCCAUCUUUACUCCAUCCCAGCGCUGCCGGUGGGGCGGAACAGCACUCAUCGACCCAGUUGGUUUGAAGGAGCCACAGACAGGGCUGGCACAUCACCACUGUGUUUUGCACUAACGAUCUGUCACUUUGAUUAGCCCUUUUGCUACGCUACCUGUAUCUUGAUACACAAUGGGAGAGCGAGAGGAUCUAGUUUAUCAGGCGAAACUCGCCGAGCAGGCAGAGCGAUAUGACGAGAUGGUGGAGUCUAUGAAGAAGGUGGCAGACAUGGACGUGGAGCUCACAGUGGAGGAGAGGAACCUACUAUCAGUGGCCUACAAGAAUGUGAUCGGAGCUCGGAGAGCCUCCUGGAGGAUAAUCAGCAGUAUCGAACAGAGGGAAGAGAACAAGGGCGGAGAAGAGAAACUGAAGAUGAUCCGGGAAUACAGGCAAAAGGUGGAGAAGGAGCUGAAGAACAUCUGUAAUGAAAUUCUGGAAGCACUUGAAAGGCACCUACUGCCAUCUGCUAAGAUAGGAGAGUCGAAGGUCUUCUACAACAAAAUGAAGGGUGACUACCACAGGUACCUGGCAGAGUUUGCCACUGGCAACGACAGAAAGGAGGCAGCAGAGAACAGUCUGGUGGCCUACAAAGCUGCUACUGACCUAGCCAUGUCAGAGCUGCCACCCACACACCCCAUCCGCCUCGGGCUCGCCCUCAACUUCUCCGUCUUCUACUAUGAGAUUCUCAACUCACCUGACCGCGCUUGCAGGUUGGCAAAGGCUGCGUUCGAUGACGCCAUCGCAGAACUGGACACACUGAGUGAAGAAAGCUACAAGGACUCCACACUUAUCAUGCAGUUGUUACGUGACAACCUGACACUAUGGACUUCAGAUAUGCAGGGAGAAGGUGAAGAACAGAACAAAGAGGCACUGCAAGACGCUGAGGACGAGGCCCAGUGAGACUAUGCCACCAACAGCCAACAACUUGAGACCCUCACCCCACCCCCUGCACUCCCUCCACCUUCAUCUUCCUCCUCCUCAACCGCCCCACCCAUCCAUCUACAAGUCACUUUCCUCUUUGUUGUCCUUUUUCCUUUUCUUCCACCUCUGUAGCUCCAAGACCCAACAGGGCCACGGAGUUAACAAGUUAAUUUUUCUCUUCUUUUUUUUUAUUUUUUAUAUUAGCCCUGACAUCGUUCAAGUAAAUACCACUUAAUUGAGGCAGGAAAUACAAUGUUAGAAAGGCAAAGAUAAAGAAAGCGGUCCCUGGAUUGUUUCUUUUAUUUUGUCCUGGUACAAGCAGUUCUGAAAAUGUUAUCUUUUGGUUUCAUUAUUGUAUUUUUUUGUUGUUUUUUGCUUCUUCUUUUUUUUUCCUCAAUAUUUUUAUCAGUUGCUGGAUGUAUUGAGAAUUUUUUUUUCUUAAUGUAAUUACAGAAAUUAACUUUUAUUACUGACAAUGUUGACUAUUAGUUGUGGGAGCUAUUUUAUCUGUUUUUAAUGAAAUGUCAUGCAGAUCAUUUGACCGUUUUUAGGGGCAGUUUGGACGAGUACAAGUGCCCUUUUUGUUAACUUAGUAGUUGAGAGGAAGUUGGCAAUAUUCGCGAUAUCCACGUGGGGCAAAGAAGUGCUUAACUUUUACACCAUAGUGAUUCUGUUGUCAUGUUCAUGUAGUUGUCUUUGGACUGUACUUUGUGCUGAAAUACUGUAACUGUGCACACAUUCUGGCUCUCUGAAGGUUUAUCUCUUGCUGGUGGUUUGAAAAAAGAAAAACAAACUUAGGAGCUCUCUAACUUGUGUAAAAGAGUAGACUUAAUUUGGCCCCAUCCUUAAAUAAAGAAGAUUAGUACUUGCAUGAGUUAAAAAGAAUUAAUAUUCUAUUUUUCUUUUCUGCUGCUUCCCCCUGCUUUUUAUCAAUGCUCCUCUGCCAUUCAGAGGGUGUUUUUUCUUUUGCAGUUUCUUUUUGUGUUGCUUCAUUAUGUGUAACUUGGAGCUGAUUUGUACUACUGGAUAUCUGACUGGAGCCACAGACAGGGAAUCUGUAUUGUUCUUACUGAAACACAGCAUGGAAUUAACAUUAAACAAUCUAAAUUAAACAUUAUAAGAUGA